UUAUGUUUGAGAAGAAGAAGAAGAUCGAAGAAAUUAGCAGCAGCAUGGAAUCCAAUGUCCAUUUUCCUUACCUUUUGUUAGGAAGUAAAGCAUAUCUCAUUGAUGAUGCAUCAAUCUCAUCAUCACUUCAAAAUCAAAGGCACAAACCUAUUAACAAAGACAUAAUUAGUGAUUUACGUGAUAACAUUCUCCAUCAUAUUCCCCAUAAUAUUUUCCAUCUGGUAGAGAAAAAAAGGCUCGACAUUCUUAUACCCCAAGUUUUUCUUGAUGAACACACAAUUACUUCUUUAGUAACUUCUCUUCUCGCCCUUAAACUCGAACAUCUUACAUUUAUCAUACAAGAUGUAAGAUAUCUAAAUACUAGUUGCGUGUUACCGAGUGGUUUCUCGGCAUCUCAUUUAUUGAGUAAGCUAACGUUAAAAGUUGGAGGCUAUACUCUAUAUAUUCCUACCGGCGUUCAAUUCCCCGGCCUUAAGACGUUAAAUCUUUACUAUGCUACCUUUGCCAAUGAGGAAGCAGUUGAACAAUUUUUUUCUGGAUGCCCUGUCUUAGAAGAGUUAUCUUUGAACUAUUGUUAUUGGUUGUACAUAAAGCAGAUCACUAUUGCUAUUCCCACAUUGAGGAUAUUGUCCAUCCGUUUUGACCCUCAUUGCCUAAAUUGCGAUGAUUUCUCGAAAGUUUCGGUCAAGAUUGAUGUUGUCAAUCUCUUAUAUUUAACUUGCAUAAGUGAUCCAAGCAUGAAAUUUGUCAUUGCCAACCACCUAACAUCCAUGGUUGAUGCAUAUAUUUCUUUUAACUCACUCGUUCAAUUUCAUACAAAAGAAUAUAUGAAAUAUUUCAAAUAUCGUUCUCAGUGUGCAGUUGCUCUAUUGAGUGGACUUGCGAGUGUCAAGUCUCUCGCGCUAUCACAGGCUACUAUUGAGGAGUCUCGCUUUGAAAAUCAUUUCGAUUUCCUUCCGGAGUUCAGCAAUUUGACACAUCUUACUCUGCAAGUAGAUAGUAAAUUCGCUAGAAAAACAUUCACACAAAUUCUUUCAAGGUGUCCUAAACUGGAAGUUCUUGUUUUUCCUCUGGGAAUUUACUCAUUCACUGAUAAUCAUGACUGGACAUCAAUUCCACUUCCUGGUUGUUUCAAAUCUUCUCUCAAGAAGCUUCACAUUUCAAGAUUUGAUGGAUCUGAAUGGGAAAUCCGAUUCGUUGAGUUUUUUUUGGAAAAUGCAACUGUUUUAGAGGAGUUCCAAAUAUCCUUAUCACGUAGGCCAUGUUCAAAAUAUAAUUUGAAGAAUUUAGAAGAUCUCAAGAACCGAUUUGUAGGCAUGGGAAGUUGUGUCAUUAAGUUUCGAUUAGCCGAACUCCUGGAGAAGGAAGACACAUUAUGGAAGAGGCAUUAUGGUUUUUAAAAUUUUGAUUUAUUGUAACUUUGAACCUAAUAUUUUAUUGCAAAUCAAAUUCAUAUAUUUAUCCAAAUAUAUUUCGAUAAAUAUGUGGAUUUGGAUUCCCUUGUGAUGGCUUCUAAACUUGGCUUAGAAGUCCUAAACUUGAUUAUCGAUUUCUUGUUUUGCAUACUUAGUGUAAUUUAAAUUCA